GCCUUUAGCGCUCCACAUCAGUCCAGUGAAGAACAGGACGUUUAUGGCUAUUCCUGGCAGUCCUAUGUGGAACGAUUUUCCAGCGCUGCCGGGUGUGUUUAUGCACUAGACUUACUUAUAACCUCCAGCUUCACCUGCCCUAGACCCGAAAGCUUUAUAAUUUCGUGAUGGCGGCGAGUGCCAAGCGAAAACAGGAGGAGAAACACUUGAAGAUGCUUCGGGAGAUGACCAGCCUGCCUCCUAAUAGGAAAUGCUUUGAUUGCGAUCAGCGCGGCCCGACCUACGCCAACAUGACAGUGGGCUCGUUUGUGUGCACCACCUGUUCCGGAAUACUACGAGGCAUCAACCCUCCACACAGAGUGAAGUCCAUUUCUAUGACAACUUUCACCCAACAGGAAAUCGAGUUCUUACAAAAACACAGCAAUGAGGUCUGCAAACACAUCUGGCUGGGGUUGUAUGAUGACAAGAGCUCUGUGAUCCCAGAUUUCCGUGAACCUCAGAAAGUCAAAGAGUUUCUUCAGGAGAAAUAUGAGAAGAAAAGAUGGUAUGUUCCCCCAGAACAAGCCAGGGUGAUAGCUUCUGUGCAGGCCUCAAUAUCUGGUUCAUCUGCUAGCAGUACCAGUAGCACCCCAGAGGUUCUUCCCCAGCCCCUCAAAACCCUGCAUCUUACCAAGACUCCGUCUAACCAGUCCCCAGUAACCAGUCGUGUCCAGGCCCAGUCUGCAGGCCAGGAGAAGAAGUUUGACCUCCUCUCUGACUUGGGUGGAGAUAUUUUUGCUGCCCCUCAAGCUCAAACUGCCAGCUCCUCAAACUUUGCUAAUUUUGCACAUUUUAACAGGCCCUCAGCACAAAAUAAUUCCACCACAGAGUUUGCCAAUUUUGAUUCCUUUGGAAACGCCAGUGUACCGUCACAUUUUGGCACAUCACCCCCCUCAAAGCCUUCCCUUCAACAACCCCACACAGGAGGAGGCAUGUCCAUUCCUCCACAACCCAAUGUGGCCCCUGCCCCGCCUCUGAGCAGUUUAUCGAGAGGGGACCGUUACGCGGCCCUAGCUGAGCUUGACAGUGUCCUCAGUUCCACCGUUACCAGUGGGAGCGCACAAGGUGUGUAUGGAGGUGUCCCAGGAGCUGCUGCACCUCCAGCUCAGCCAGGAAUACCCAACAUGCAACAGGGUUUUGCAGCCGCUCCCUCCACAAACCCAUUCGUGGCUGCUGGAAUGGUUCAGGAGCCCAUGUCUACAAAUCCAUUCCAAACCAAUGGGAGAGCAGCCGCCUCAGCCUCAUUUGGCACUGGCUCCAUGAGCAUGCCAGCAGGCUUUGGGAACGCAACCAGUUUCUGCCUGCCAACCAGUUUUAGUGGGACUUUCCAGCAGCAAUUCCCUGGCCAAGGUCCCUUUCCCCCACCUGCAGCCUACCACCAACAGCCCAAUGGGGGGUUUCCAGCCUACGGACAGGCCAAACCUAUGGGCAACUAUGGGCAGCAGGUCACAGGACCUGGGAUCUCCAGCAACCCAUUCAUGGGUGGAGGCCCGGCGGGACCGUACCCAACAGGAGGUUCCUCCACAAACCCCUUUCUCUAAAGCGCUUUCCACCACAUUUCAGCUGCAUCAUGCACACAUUCCGCAUCACCAAUGCUCUAAAACAUUGUCUUCAAGAAUCUGAAAGUAUUCAGGUUUUGUAUUUACUGCACUGAGUCUGUGACAUUUCUAGAGAAAGAGCUGUGGAUACGCAGGUGAUGGUCUUCCCCACCCACCGGUGUGUUCUGGACAAAAAUCCACGGUUGUCCCACCUCAUUUAUGCCUUCAGCUCAAUAAGUAAUGUUUUAUGCCUAGAAAGUAAGCUCCUUGUGCAUAUCAGCAUUUGUAAUCCUUUUAAAAACAUGUUAUUCACAAAGAGAAACUGAUGGAAACAGCAGAACACAAUGGUGUCUAGGGAUGCUGUGAUUGGCUGUACAAACAACUUCAGUUUGUC